UUUUGUAUUAAUAUUAAAUUUUGAUUUUUUACGAAAUUACAAUAAUUAAAAAUGUGUGAUGCAGGCUUUGGUAAAAGAAGUGAAGAAGAUUAAUUUGCUAGAACUUGACAAGAAAAUAAGAGGAGGUCAAGAAGUGUUGAAUGCUAAAUCUUAUUGAAACUUUUUUAUUGGUCAUUUAUAAGUUGGUGAUAAGUUAUUUUUUUCGGCAAUCGGACUUUUCUACGGCAUUGAUUUUCAUAUCACAAAAAAAAUAAUAAAUCCUUACGAGCAAUAUUUUCAUUUUGAUAUACAUCCGAUCGUUCGCCAGUUUCUCAGAUAUUAGAAUAUAUUUUUUGUGGAAAAUAUGUAUAGAUUCAACAUUUCCGCACCUGGUAAAGUGUCGUUAUACGGGGAUUCCAUAAAGGGAUCUAACAAAACUUCGGUGGCAGCCAGCCUGAAUAUGCGUACUAAACUCUUAUUCGCUUCGAUAUUUCCAAGAAUGAUCCCGAAGGAAUGUAUCCAACUAGAUUUCUCCAGUAUUAAUUUACACAUGAAAAUACCAUUAGAUUCAUUCCUCAGAUAUUUCUUUUAUGAGAAUUUCAAUCGUCAACGUCCGGUAUUUGAAAUUUAUAAUCAAGUUAAAAGGUACGUCCAACUGUUAAGCGGAUGCAGCGGCAAUUAUGAUCCAAGCGAUCUUCGACACCGGUUAAGCUUAGAAGCAUUUUUCUCCCUGCUCAUUGUUAUCGCUUACGAACAAAAUAUUAAUAUAACAUCCAGUUUUAUCGUAAAUGUAUCAACGGAACUGUCAUUUGGCCACGGUCUUGCCAGUUCUUCAUCAUUCGUCGUAUGUCUCGCGGCGUGCUUUUGGCGUUGGUCAUUGCUGCAGAAUGGGAUUGCUCGUUUUGAAUUCCUUCGUAAUGAUCUUGAAAAAAUUGCGAUUUAUGCUGGUUAUUGUGAUGAGAAGAUAUACAACAAUACCAUGUGCCCGAUAGACAUUUUUGUAAUCGUAAAAGGUGGAAUAAUAGUAUACGAAAACAAUGCAGUGUUGAAGAUGUAUCAACGUUUUCCGAGCAUAAAGAUCUUGCUGGUCUAUUCAAAAGUUAAUAAGAACAUCGAUAUAAAUAGGAAAGGUUUGAAGGUUUGUCGGAAAUCUAUUUUGGAUAGCAUCAGCAAUUUAUCUCGGACAUCUAUUAAUGUAUUCGAAAAGAUAAAGAAUAGUCUAACUAAUAAGGGUAAUAUUAGUGCCAGCGAAUUAGAUAAUUUUCCAAUGACUUACUACGAUGAAUUAGCGGAACUUGUCCGUAUGAAUCAAGAAUUAUUAAAAAUAUUAAACGUACCGUAUGGAAAUGUAGACUUUAUUUGUGCAAUUGCGCAGGAAUAUUUUUUACAGGGAAAGAUGACGAAUAGUAUAGGUGAAUACAUUUUAAUUUUAUUACCACCAGACAUCGCAGUGGAUCAUCUCGAUAAACUCAUUAACGUACUAAGUGAUCAUGGUUUCCUUGCCGUGACAACUACUUUGUGUGGAAAAUGGGCUGGUGUAGGAAUUGAAUAGUACAU